AGCUGCGAUGCAGCCACCUGUGAGCCAUUGCCGGUAAGUCCAGUAGUCCUUAUUGGAGACAGACGAACUUACUAGUGUCGCCACGAUAGGUCCACGAAGUUGCCAUGAUGAGCGUGAUGGAAAUUUUGACGGACAAAGUCGAUUGGCAUGUGAAGGUCUUCGACGAGGCAAUAGUCGCAAGAUGGCAGACUGAAGCUCUUGCAGUUCCAAACGAGCACUGGUGGGGCCUCGCAACUAGUACGAAAUCACAGCACUGGGACAACGAUGGCCGUGUGGAACUCAGUAACGACCUAAAUGACUGGAUUCAAGUCCCCGAUGACAUCAUGUCCUCUGAGGCUUUCGAAUGCUGCAUCUCAGAACUUCGUAGUAAGGCAAAGUACUUCGAAAAGACUGGCAUGAUACCGACCCUCGAUGCUCGUGCAAGUGUGGUCAAAUCAGACAAGCUAGUGUCCGAGAGUCUCCACGAGUCGCUGGUCUCCGCAUUUGAGACUCUGAAAGCUGACCAGGCUAAUUCACCGGACUGGCAUCCUAAUUCAGGGGAUAAAGUUCAGGAUCUGGUACACCCCUCGAUGUACCCUCUAGUUUAUGGCCGAACUAGAGCCUUCCAGGACGAAGUAGUUGGGAUCGAGGAUGCCAUCGUGAAGUGGUCUGGACGAGGCGCUGUCAUUCCAAGAGCAGACGAGUGGGUACUGACUGAAGGCGAACGGCGGUCGUACGGUGUAGGAGGAAGCAUUCCUCCAGAUUUCUGGUCAGACAAGUAUCAGUGGCUCCCUUCGAACCUUGCUUUCCAGGACGAUGGCACGGUGCGGUUCACAAACUAUAUCAAUAAUCUUCACCCAGCUAGAUACCCAGACAUUUACCGGGCUUUGGAAAAGCUCGUUGAUACCUCUUUGCCGAUGUGGGAUCAGUGUCUCAAGGCAGCCAUAAGGUAUGAUGAAGUGGACGGUCCUGGGCGAACAGAGGGAAGAUUUGGUCCUCCAGACGAUCCUGAUGACGAGAACCAUGAUAACUGGGAUCCCAGUGAUCCCGGAGACUGUGCCGAUGCUAAAGUGGAUAAGAAGACUCUCUAUGGGCACGGAUUCGACGAAGAAGAGGCGGCAGAUGAACCGGACGGUGGUAUAGAAAUGCUUAACCAUGCCAAGUGGAAAGCUACUCGCAAGCCCGUUCUACCGACACCAUUCUUUUAUGAUGUCAACUACGAACCGGAGGCGGGAAAACGUCUCUUUGACAGGUUUCGUGAAUCCGGACUCCAGAUCAUCGUGAAGGUGGCGUCAAUUGAGUUGACCCCUGAGAAGCCGUACUUUCCUCAAGGCGGCUGGCAUGUUGAAGGUCAAUUGAAUGAGCACAUAUGCGCUACUGCGCUUUAUUAUCUCGACAGCGAAAACAUUACCACAAGCAGUCUCUCAUUCAGGAUGCAGACAUCUGCAUACCUGACGGACAACAACGAUGCGUACAACGUGUCACAAGACAACUAUCAUUGGAUGGAGUCGAUCUACGGCACAGGCCUCGGCAGCGGUAGCGGAGGACCUUGCCUGCAGAAUUAUGGAAGUGUGGAAACAAAAGAGAAGCGCUUACUGGCUUUCCCAAACGUCUUUCAGCAUCGUGUUUCGCCCUUUGAGCUGGCAGAUCCCACAAAACCGGGCCACCGCCGUUUCAUCGCCCUGUGGCUCGUGGAUCCGCAUCAGCGCAUCGUUUCUACCGCCAAUGUUCCGCCUCAGCAGCUGUCGUGGUGGACUGAAUCUUUGGUAGGCACCACAACGGACGGUAAAGAAUCUUCUACAGAGCUCCCGCUGGAAAUCGUAAAGCUACUCCAAGAAAAAGGCGCACAAGUGCCACCUUCAAACGGCGCAGGGAGCCUUCCGGAAGAGCUCUUAGCCAUGGUUCGAGAACACGUCUCGAGCGACGAUCUGCCGAUGAGCUUGGAAGAAGCAAAGGAGCACCGUCUGAACUUGAUGAAAGAGCGGAGUGCACAUGCUGAGGAUGCAGAGGAAUCGUGGCAACAGCACACGUACAGUUUCUGUGAACAUUGAGGACAUUCGAAGAAAUAAUCGAGCUCGAUGAGUGCAAAUUCCAAUUCGAA